AUGCAUCGUUUUUUUGAGUCACCUAUCGAAGCUAAGAAUGAAUUUGGGCUGAUUUCCCCACAUCUUGGAUAUGAGCCUGUCGGCUCACGCACUGGUGUGCUUGAGAAUACCAAGGACGGUUAUGAGAUGAUUAAGGUCUCAAGGGACGAGAUCCAGAGACUCGAUCCUCACCUGCCCCAAGUCAUGAAGAAUAGCGAUGACAUCAAGAUCCUUGAGAAUGCAAUUGCGGGUUCUAACAUCAUUACGAAGGCCAUUCUUUCAGCUCUUUCUACAGGACUGGGUCUCACUGGCGCUGCUCGGUUUGAAAACUCGCACCGCAAUGAUCGGCCCUCUACGAGCACUCUAGCAAUGAUGCAUUAUGUUCCCUCUGACCCAGCAAAGGAUCACAAUGUCGGCCAUCAGAAGCAUACAGAUAUUAGCUCUUUGACUCUUCUCUUUAGCGAACAAUGGGGAAUGCAAAUUCGCCCUCCUGGUGCCCGAGAGUUCGGGUUUGUUGCUCCCAAGGUCGGCUCCGCUAUUGUCAACGUGGGCGACUCCCUGCGUUUCGCUAGCGGCCAUACAAUGCAGUCUUGCAUUCACAGGGUUGUACCGGCAAACCCAACCGAGCACCGAUACUCCAUUGCUUAUUUCCUUAGAGCCGAGGAUGAUACAAUGUUCACUGAUAGCGAGGGCAGGUACAUUACUGCUGGACAGUGGCAUGACGAGAAGUUUUUCGCCUUCACAAGCCCACCCGAGAUUCAGGCUUUGGCCCCGAGCUCCAUGUUGCUAGGGGGAAUGUCCGAGGAAAAGGAAAUAGAGGUUCAGCAGCCAAAGGAGGGAGUCCUCCCUACUGUGACAGUGGAUAAGAUCAAGACUGCUGUUGAGGCGUACUAG